AUGGGCACAGCGACCGAUUUGUCGUCUUCUGUUUCUGACCGAACUGAUGCACUCGAUGCGUUGCCACCACCUUACACAGAGCGCGACCCGCAGACUGCGGCUGAAGCCCCUAAAUAUGAAACACCGUCGUAUACUGAAUCUAGCAGUACAUCUGCAACAACCAAAUUUCCACCCUUCUUGAACGGAUACUUUCAAUGGAAACUUACGAGCACAUUCCACCUUGGGCCGACAGCGGAAGAAAAGUUGUUCGCGGCGUCAACCCCGGCGACUAUUUUGAAUAACAAACCCUCGUUCGUAUUACACGAUGGUCCAACUAAUAAGCACCCGGUAAUGGCAACGGCACGCGGCGACAAGUGGGGCAGGAGCAGGCCCAUCGCAAUCACACUCCCACCUCGUCCGGGAUCUCAACAUAAACACGACAUCGUGGAACAAGUCGUUCCCGGUGGGUCGCUGAAGCAUAUAUCACCUAGCUACGCGUUCGAAAUAUGCGUGGGUCCGAAGGGAACAACCCCCGAGAAAUUCGAGUGGCGUAAGAGCCAGGGCAAUGAAAUCAAAGAACUUGCUGGUCUUUCCUAUGGAUGGAAAUUGGUGCGGUUAACACCACCGGUGAAUCGCAGUGUAGGUGGGAGCAGAAAGGAGCGCGAUCACGGUCAUACAAGUGAUGGGUUGGAGGUUGUCGCUAUCAUCGCACACAACGCUUCUUGGAGUAUGACCAAAGGGUUUCGAUUCGCCUUCUUGGGCUCUGGCUUAACUGGUACCAUGGGAGAAAACUGGGAGAUUGUGGUGGUUACUUCCGCUGUCCAAAUGUGGCUCAUAGACAUCCAAGGCUCAUCUGCUACAACCGCUGCGGCAAGUGCUGCAACAGUUUAG